CCUGACGUCAGUUCCGCUCCCUGCCCGCAAACCCCGUUGAUAUGAGCGCCCGUUUCCGGUCCUUCCUUCUUUUCGGCAGCGGCUCGAUUCCACGCCAACAUGCCUCUUGCGAAAGACCUGCUGCACCCGUCCCCCGAGGAGGAGAAGAGGAAGCACAAGAAGAAGCGUCUGGUCCAGAGCCCCAACUCUUACUUCAUGGAUGUGAAAUGCCCCGGAUGUUACAAGAUCACCACCGUGUUCAGCCACGCCCAGACCGUGGUGCUGUGUGUCGGAUGCUCCACAGUGCUGUGCCAGCCCACUGGAGGCAAAGCUAGGCUAACAGAAGGUUGUUCAUUCAGACGAAAGCAGCACUAGAAGGACGCCCCCCAGUGGUGUCAUGUGAGAUGGGUUGAGCUGCUUGUAAUAGUCUCCAGUGAGCAGCUUCUAACUGCUAGCCAGCCGGACCGACUGUGCUCUAGCAGAGACGCACACACACACACAGGGGGAGCUGUCUGUCUGUCUGUCUGUGUGUCUAGCCAGGCGACGCUCUCUCGCUCUGUCUCUCAGUCUUGUGUUUAUACCAGCCAGCGUCUUCUUUCUUGAACUCACCAGGCGGUUAGUGACAACGGGGGAGAGAGAAACCAUCAAACGAAAAGAGAAAAUGAAGAGCGACAGCCGGCUGUACUGAUUUCCACUGUGCUUGUAGUCUCAACCCAUCUGACCUUUCAAUAAAUUUUGUUUAGAAAAGA